AUGCUACCCUUGCUGGACGGCCUGCGUCUCCCCACAACCAGGGUACUACUCACAACCGAGACCUUCGCUUCUCGAGUCCUUCCACCACUCGCAUAUAGCUUCCCCACAGCUUUUCUUAUGCUGCUGCCCCGAACGCAGCCAGUCCGCAUUGCGUUGUGGCCCAUCACCGCGAUCCUUGCAUUUCGCGCGGCAACAUCGCUAAACAUUUCAUGUAUUCACAUUAAUUGCCACACCGUUCAACUUAUCUCUCAGCUAUCCAUGUUUUUUAUUGCAGCACGUACUUUUGAAUGGACCAGACGAAACCUUUUGUUUCGGAAUUUAGUGCUCGACACAAUUGAUUUAGUAUGCAACCCUCGAGGCUGUGGCUGGGACUGGUCGCAGGGACUGUACAUCCCGCCUGAGACACAUCCUACAUCCUCACGAUUGGCCUUUGCUACAUCCGCCCUAUCUUUCUCUCCAGAAACAUCUGGAUCUGUUGAUGGUGGUACCAUCUUCGACGACUCACUCCCCACACACCCCCGUUAUUUACGAUCGAGCAUCAUCGCGACGCUAUGCGCAUUCACCAUCUACUCAUUACUCCAAGCCAAUUACGAGAUCACCGUAGUCAUCUGCGUACUAUAUAUUCCGUCGCUGGCAUCAGUGGUUGCGUCAGAUAUUCAUUUUCCUCGGGGGAAACCCACUUGCUCUAUUCUUUGGGCGUAUCGGGGCGUCAUGGGCGCGUUUCUCGUCUCUGGGUUUAUUCACCACCUCGCAGUACGACCCAUCGACCCAUCCUCGGAGAUGUGGCGCAUGGUGCUGCCAUUUGGGAUGAUGGGAACUGGGAUGGUCAUUGAGCGUGCUGUUGCGGGGAAUAAAACAGGUGGCUGGAUAGGAUGGAUGUGGACAAUAACUGGGUUACUUGGGGGUUCGAGUACGUUGGAUAGUGCGACGCCUGUAAGGUAA